GACGUACUGAUUCGCCGAGGAGCGGCGCACAACGGCACACGGAGCCGAUCGAGCAGAUACAGUUCUCGCCGUUCGCUCGAACGACACGUAUCAGUCGGUUGUUUUGUACAUAGAGGAUUACGUUAUCUUCGACUUCUCUAAUACCGCCAUUAUUAACGUCGGUAUCUUGGAACACGAGGGAAGGACACGAGGAAUAUUUCGUUUUCGAGUGCCAUCAAAAACUUGAGACAAAAAUGGCAGAAGAACAGUGGGGAGGUGAUGAUGAGUUGGACUUUUCACAGGCGCCAGUAGAUACGUCCUCCUUUGAUGAAGGACGUGCUCCCUGCCGUGGUAAAGGACGUGGUACAAUUCUGUACAACAACAAUGACUCAAAUUACAGUGCUGGAGGUUAUAAUUCUUAUGAUAAAAAAAAAGGAGAUUGUGAAGAAAGUUAUGAUAAUAAUGCUCAAAAUGAAAAUCGCGAAAAUAAUAGAUAUAAUGGCAAUAGAUUUGGAGGAAACAGACAAGACAAUGAUAAGCCACAUGGAAAUAACAGAAGCGACAAUGAUGGAAACGAUCGUAGGUGGCAAGAUAAUCGAGAUAGGAAUAAUAGUAGACGAAACAGAGAUGACAAUAACGAUGAAACUGAAGACAACGGCUACAGCGGAAGUUAUCAGAAUGGUAGAAAUGAUAGACCUAGGAGAGAUAGAGAUGAUAAUAGAGGUGGGAGAGGUUACGGUAGAAACAGAGAUGGCGGUGAUGAUGGUGGUGGUUUCAACGAUUCUGGAGACAGAGGACGCAGAAGAAACGGCAGUGAUAGAGAAGACAAUAAAGAUGAACCAAAGAAGAGGGAAAUUUAUGUUCCGCCAGAGCAACCCGAUGAUGAAAAUUCCUUGUUUGGAAACGAUGUGUCAAUGGGAAUAAAUUUCGAUAAAUACGACGAUAUCGAAGUAAAAGUGAGUGGUGAGAAUGCACCUCGUCCGAUACAAUCCUUUGAUAGAUCCGGCCUCAGAAGUAUUUUAUUAGAAAAUAUCAAGAAGUCAGGUUAUACAAAGCCUACUCCUGUUCAAAAAUACGCUAUUCCAAUUAUAAUGAAUGGCCGCGACUUAAUGGCAUGUGCACAAACCGGUUCAGGCAAGACUGCAGCAUUUGCAGUUCCUAUCAUACAUAAUCUAUUGGAAGAUCCAAGAGAUUUAAUUAAAACGAAUACUUCCUGCGAACCACAUGUGAUUGUUGUGUCGCCCACACGUGAGCUUACUUCCCAGAUUCAUCAACAGUUCAGGAAAUUUGCUUUGGGCUCUAUCAUACGUACUGAACUUGUUUACGGAGGAACAUCGGUUAGUCAUCAAACACACAAGGUGCUCAAUGGUUGCCAUAUUCUAGUCGCAACUCCAGGUAGAUUAUUAGAUUUCAUGGAACGAGGGAAAAUUAAACUUUCUUCCUUACGUUUUCUUGUACUGGAUGAAGCUGACAGAAUGCUUGAUAUGGGUUUCUUACCCGAUAUUGAGAAGAUCAUAGAUCAUGAGACAAUGGUAGCGCCAGAAGAAAGACAGACACUUAUGUUCUCUGCUACUUUCCCGAGUGAGAUACAAGAACUUGCGGGUCGAUUUUUACGAAAUUAUUUAUUCCUCGCAGUUGGAAUUGUGGGUGGUGCUUGCUCUGAUGUAGAGCAAAACUUUUAUCAAGCAUCUGGCCAAUCUGAGAAACGAAAAUUAUUGAAAGAAUUGAUAGAUAAACAAAAUCAAAUGGGAGGUAUAGAAGGUACUUUAGUAUUUGUCGAACAGAAAAGACAUACAGACUUCAUCGCAGCUUUCUUAUCAGAAAGCAAUUUUCCGACGACUAGUAUACAUGGUGACAGAUUACAAAGAGAACGAGAAGAAGCCCUGUAUGAUUUUAAACGAGGAAAGAUGAUGAUCUUAGUGGCAACGGCGGUUGCCGCGCGAGGCUUAGAUAUCAAAAAUGUCUCGCAUGUAAUUAAUUUUGAUUUACCAAAAACAAUAGAUGAGUAUGUUCAUAGGAUCGGACGAACUGGUCGAGUAGGAAAUCGCGGCAAGGCAACUUCGUUUUUUGAUUCAAAUGUUGAUACACCUCUCACCGGUGAUUUGGUCAAAAUUUUGAAGCAAGCUAAUCAGCCGGUACCUGACUGGUUAGAAUCAGGCGGUGGUGGUGGAAGUAGAACCUUUAUGCCAGGAAGAGGAAGAAGAUUCGGCGGAGAAGAUAUCAGAGGGAACAAGGAUGCAUAUGAUGAUAGAUACGAGGAUGUUGGUUACGCACCACCUGUACCAGCAGAACCAGAAGAAGUUUGGUAGAUUAAAUAUGCUUCAUAUGUUCUACGAGAUAUGUUGCUACACAUUUUCUUUAAUUUUAAAAAAUAUGAUAGAUUCUGUAGAAAUCAUACACAUGAACAUUAUUAUGACAAAGAUGACAAUCGAUUUUUGUUUCCUUUUUUUUAGUUAUUUACUAUAGCAUCUUAAUUAAAUGCAUUCCUUUCAGAGAAGACAAAUAAUAUAAGACAUAUAUGAAUUUAUGUUGCUACCUCAAUUUAGAUAUAAAGUCGAUAACAUUU